AUGGGCGAGCUGGCGGAGCACCUCGGCAAGCGCGGCGUGCAGAACAUGCUGUACGGGCUCGCCAUCGGCCAGCUGCAGCGCUCGGCGGCGCGCUACUCGGGGAUGCUCUCGGGCGGCGCGAUGCGGCUCGAGCUGGGCUUCGACGCCAAGCGCGGCGCCAUCCGGAAGCAGGUGGUGCUGACGCGCGCCGACGGCUCCGAGACGUCUCGCUCGGUGUCGCAGCUCUCGGGCGGCGAGUGGCGGCGGCUGGCGCUGGCGCUCUCGCUGGCCUUCGCCGACUUCUCGCGCGGCCGGCUGGGGCUGAGCUGCAGCUACGUCGUCUUCGACGAGGUCAUGCAGCACAUGGACGCCGAGGGGCAGGCCGCGAUGGCCCACCUCCUCAGGAGCCUGCCGUACGACACCGCCGUCGUCAUCGCGCACGGCCUCGCCUCGGACUCCCUCUACGGCGCCUUCGACGCCAUCGACGUGGUCGAGAAGGUGGGCGACUCGAGCUCCGUCCGGGAGACGAGCGAGCUGCUCGUCGUGGGCCCCGUGGGGGUGGAGAGAUGA